UUUCGCGCCAACUGCACCAAUGAGCAUGGCUGUUGUGGUGUGACCAACAGUACCAAUAUCUCAGUAACCCCCAUCGUCCCACUAACAACAUUUGUCAUAGCAGUGUCGUGACUUAUUUUCAAAAAUGUUCGCCUCGACACGUCAAUACCACGACGUAUUCCUAGUAAAAUUCAGCCUCGCCAUGGCAGACCCGGACCUGCCUCAGCCGCGAUACCACCACGUCGUCUUUGUCCAAACCAACGCCGACGAUGGUUCCGGGGUGAAAUUCCACGUCGUCGGCGACAUCACCAGCUUCGGCGGUAUGAAAUACGAAUCUACCGAGUUCGGAAACCCGCUCGACGACCCAGCCUUCCACGACAGGGACCUGCUCGGCUUCACCGUCGCCAAUGGGUUCCGCCGCCGCUGGGACGAGGUGCUGGGUAACCUGCCCACGCCGCCAAAGCAAAAGGAGUACAACAUGGCCACCGGAAGGACCGAGCUGGUCAAGACGUGGGAUCCGCUCAUGUUUUAUGCGCCUGGUGAGGAGCGUCGACAGCCCUGGAAGUGCACAGAGUGGACCAUGGAUCACGCCAUUCCGGCCCUAUGGAAGCAUGGCUUGAUCGUGGACGCGGCUAUAAAGGAUUAAAGGGGACUACAAAAGAUCCUUUGACAUCUUUCGGUCGAAGGGUGAGCUUUAAAUGAAAAUACUUCGUGGCAAGGCAAAUUAGAUAAGAUUGGGGCGGAGCUAGGAAUGCUGGUUUUCUCAAUUACUUCCGUGAAAGAGGCGUAAACGAGAGGAGUCUAAAAUCUGGGGAAGAUAAGAUAAGCAGCCGGUGCGGGACCAAAAUUUUGUGGCAGCACGCCCUGGCGCAAAUUGAAGCGAGACCAAGAAAAAGCUGCCAACCUACCGAGAACGACAUCGUCCGCCGAAGCGUGCAGGCGUCCUGGUCAAUUUGAACAUACUCCAAUUCAAUCGGUCAUACACCAAGAUCGUCGACCAAAAUGAAAGAAGCAAAAUCGUCAACCCGGAGCUCAAUCGGAGACUUCUCCAUCCUCCCCAUUUCCUUCCCGCCGACGCGAGCAUACCCCAAAGCCGCCCUCCACCACGUCUACGUGCGACGAAACGCACCCAAGAUCCCGACGCCCGACGACGAACGCAGCCUAUUCCUUGCAAACGUGCCCGUUGACAGUACCGAGGCGCACUUCCGCGCCGUGUUCGCAGCGCUGGCAGGCGCCGGCAAGUUUGAAAGCAUCUCGUUCGACGACGACCGCAGGCGGCGAGCCGCCGAGUCGUCCUCGCUCCGGCCGUCGCAGGCGCUGAGGCUGGCGCAGACGGCACACGGCUCCUCGAAGAAGAGGAAACGCGGCGAGGCCGAGGAGGAAGAGGAGGAGGACGACCAACAGACGGCGCGCACGCUCUUUGAGACGUGGCCGCGCCGUUUGCACUGCAGCGGUGGCACUGCGGUUGUGCUGCUGGCGGAUGAGAGGAGCGUCGAUGUCGUGCUCAAGGCGGUUGGCAAGGUGCACAAGUCCAAAAAGUACCCCGUGUGGGGCGCCGGUGUGGACGAGUCUGCGGCAACGGAGCUGGGCGUCCCAUGGCUGCGUGAGCACAACAGGCUCUGCUUCCCCGACAAGGCGGCGGUGCAAUCAGCUGUGGACUCAUUCUUCGUUCUGUUCAACAAACGCGAGAGGGAAGCGGCCGAGCUGGCCAAGAGGAUGCGCAGCGAACCGGACGAGGACGGAUUCGUCACGGUUGUGCGCGGCGCCGGCAGGUCAGCUCCAGCACGGAGGGACGAGGCCGAGGAGGCAAGGCGGAGGUUGGCGGAGAGGGAAGAGCGCAAGAGGCAGGAGCUGGGCGGUUUCUACCGGUUCCAGCUGCGCGAGCAGAAGAAGGCGGAGCAGGCUGAUCUCAUCCGCCGUUUCGAGGAGGAUCGGAAAAAGGUUUCAGCCAUGAGGGAAAAGAAAGGCAAGUUCAAGCCGGAAGCAUAAGGACAGACGUUGUACGUCACGGAUAUUACAUCACGAAACGUCUCAACAGUCUGUGCUGGGGUCACGGCCACGAACACAGGCUUUUUGCCAACGUUUGGCACAUGUUAAUUCAAAGGAAACUCUUUCAUACUGGCAAGUCCAACGAAUGAAUGAGCAAGAAAUGGUGGGACCUGAAACAUCGGCGUCAAGUCCGGGGUAUUAUUGGGGCCCGCGCUAGAAGGUGAAGAAGUGGCAGAUGUGGUUGAUGACCGGUUGGGUGGCGUCCGAUCUGGCUGGUCGCCUGGGUGCAUGUUGGUCAUUGAUUGCACGACACGGUUCGGAAGGACACUAUUAUGUCGACAUAGCAUGGGGCAACCAAGUUAUGAAAUGUAUGAGGGAACACAAUGUCCCGGCAACAGGGCCAAUAGUAGCCAACAUGAUGGAAAAUCGCACUUGUACUUUUUCCGAAAUAACUUGCAGGAACAUGCCUGUCGAUCCAAGAAAGUAACCCGACGUGGCAUGAG